AUGCUCCACAUUCUUAUUACACACGUCAUUAAUCCGCUUGCUUACAUCGUCCCCGUAUUACUAGCAGUUGCUUUCCUGACACUUAUCGAGCGAAAAGUGUUAGGGUAUAUACAGCUGCGGAAGGGCCCCAAUGUGGUUGGUCCCUACGGGCUACUGCAGCCAAUUGCAGACGGGGUCAAACUGUUUAUUAAAGAACCCAUUCGACCCUCUACUUCUUCCCCCUUCUUAUUUUUGGCGGCCCCCGCUCUUGCCCUUACCUUAGCGCUAACCCUCUGAGCCCCUAUACCCCUCCCUCACCCUGUGACCGACAUGAACCUUAGCAUACUGUUCAUUCUUGCACUCUCUAGCCUUGCAGUCUACUCUAUUCUAGGCUCGGGCUGAGCGUCGAAUUCCAAAUACGCCCUAAUUGGUGCACUGCGGGCGGUAGCCCAAACUAUUUCUUAUGAAGUAGCAUUAGGGUUAAUUCUACUUUCCACAAUUAUGUUUACCGGGGGUUUUACUCUGUCCAUGUUUAGCACCACACAGGAAGCUAUCUGACUACUAGCACCGGCCUGACCUCUAGCGGCGAUGUGAUACACCUCUACUCUGGCGGAGACCAACCGGGCACCCUUUGACCUAACUGAGGGGGAAUCAGAGUUGGUCUCGGGUUUUAACGUAGAAUAUGCUGGGGGACCCUUCGCACUAUUCUUCCUUGCGGAAUAUGCUAAUAUUCUGUUCAUGAACACGCUCUCGGCCAUUUUAUUUAUGGGUACCUCCUGCUUCCUUAUGUUCCCCGAACUAACCACCGCUAAUAUCAUGAUGAAGGCUGCUCUACUAUCAGCCCUCUUCCUAUGGGUCCGAGCCUCCUACCCCCGGUUCCGAUAUGAUCAGUUAAUGCACUUAGUGUGAAAAAACUUCCUACCCCUAACACUGGCUCUUAUUCUGUGACAUCUUUCCAUGCCAGUCAGUACGGCCGGGCUUCCGCCACAACUCUAG